AAGAAAACCCACAAUAACCCUCACCUCCAAACCCACACCCACAAGCAAACCCAACCACAACCCCUCAUCAUCGCCCGCAAAAUCCACAAAAAGUCCACCAAAAAUGACCCAAUACGCCCCCCGCGACUUCUACGGCGGCGCCAUCAAAGGCCUCAUUCCGCAAUCCUGGGUCGACGCAAGCGACGUCCGCGAAGUCCCAGACCAUCAAGAAGUCUUCCUCAGCCCGACAACCCUCACGUCCCAAAUCGUCGAAAUAAACCAACGCGUCUCCCCCGAAGAGACAACCUCCCUCUCACAUCUUCUCCCUUCAACCUCCACACCCGACGAAGCAGCCGCCCUCUAUCACAUCCACGACAUCUGCGACGAAGACGACAAACUUGAGAUUGUAACCGGUCCUAUGAGCGUCUCUAUGGGCAAGUUUCUGGCGUCGGGGAUCAGUGCGUAUCGGGGUGUUGUGCGGGUUACAUCGCCGAAGAAGCAGGGAAGGGGGACGGGGGUGGCCGGGGCGGCGGUUGCUGGGUCGAGUGCCGAGGGGCUUUUGACAAGUACUGUUAGCUUGCAUUAUUUGUUGGUGCGGUUGGGGGAGCAGGAGACGGAUUUGGUGGUGUUUGUUAAUGUGCCGCAUGAGGAGUUUGAGAAGGCAGGGGAUUUAGGGGGAUUAGAGGGUGAGGAGGGACUUGCUGGGGGGUUGAUUGGGGGGUUGGUUGAGGUGUUGGAGGUUGUGGAUUGGGGCUUGUUUGCGUGAGGGCUUUUUUUGAUUCUGGGAUGAGCUAUGUGGUAUGGAUAAAAAAGGAUGGGUGGUUGAUUAUUGAUUUGGGAGGAUUUAUAUCAUAUCGGUCGUGGAUUCGGCAUGGCUGGUUUUGUUUGGAAUGCAUGAGCUUGGAGAAAUUGGUAUAAUGACAUGCAUGUAUGGAUAGAACGAACAGGGAUUAUGAUAUGAUACUGGGCAUGUAUAUAGAUAAAUAGAGUAAUUAGAUAGCUUAGUGAUAGUCAAUCCAAAAGGACAGCCAAGCACCUGACAAU